AUGCCUGACCAACUGGAUCUCAUCAUGACCGCCACCGAUAAGGGUGAUCCGCCAAAAGCGAGCCAAGUCAGUGUAACGAUCGAACCGGAUCUAGCAAUCAUCUACAACGAUCCACCGGUGUUUAAGAACACAUUCAUCAACCUAACUUUGGAUGAGGACAUUGUGAUACAUCUAGAACUAAUUCCCGGCACCGAGACAGAGGACGUACGCUAUUCGAUUGAAGGGCCAGACUCGGAAUAUUUUACACUGUCAGUAUGGAACAAUAACACUGGUGUAGAUUUGAGACUCACCAAUUUGGAUGUUCUGCCGAAAAGUAAACCCUACCUCAACGUCAUAACGUUUGCCCAGCGCGGUGAACUGACGAAAACCUCAUCCGUAGUCCUGCUUACCAUCCCGAUGGAAAAUGUUCCGGAACUACCAAACACUACCAACAUCGAGAAGGUGCUCGCCGUACUGCACCUGGAGGAAAUGACUGAGCAUAAGUCAUCUGCCGCUUCCGACGCCGUCAUUGUCGAAAAUUUUCACAAUAUAUCGUCGACUACACCACCGUAUCAGCAGCAAAACUUUGGUGACGUAAACGAUAGCAAAGGAAACAAAGUCAUAAACUCCUCGGUUCGGUUCGCGUACGGCCUUCCACAAUCGGUCCGACAUCGACAUUACUUCCGGAACAUGUUGUGCCCAGAUCUGCAUCCGCCGACAACCGUCCGAGGAAUGGUUCGAUUGGAUAGGGAAGCCUUCGCCAAAAGCAUCACCGUACCGCAUCUGUUUGUACCGAAAACGACCAACCUAAAUAACGUGUGCCGAGCAGUAAAGAAGUUUUUGCUGAAAAUGGAACGCUACAAACCGGUCGUUACGGAGGAUUAUAAAAUAACACUCCAUCCUCUAGCGGUGAAACGGUGGGAGGAUUUGGCCGAAGUGCCACUCGAUCAAUUCGGCAUCGACAAGGAAUGUCUCGUGUGGCAGGAAAUUCAUUUGAAGUAUGAAAACUGGAAGUAUGACGAAAUUAUCAAAGCAGUUCUCCCAGAGGACAAAGAAGCACUCUCUUCGUUCAGCAAAAUUGGCCAUAUUGUGCAUCUUAACUUGAAAGAUCAUCUGCUUCCCUACCGAGAGCUGGUCGGUGAGGUGAUUAAAGACAAAAUUGCCGACUGUCGGACGGUCGUCAACAAAUCCGUCUCCAUCGAUAGCACUUACCGUAAUUUCCAGAUGGAACUCCUUUGCGGUGUUCCGGACUAUCAAGUAACUGUCAAGGAAAAUGGAAGUAUAUUUGAGUUCGAUUUCUCCAAAGUAUACUGGAACCCACGGUUGUCAACGGAGCAUGAGAAAAUAGUGAAAAUGCUAAAUAAGCACGACGUGCUGUACGAUUUGUACGCCGGUGUUGGCCCAUUUACUGUGCCGGCUGCGCGAAAGGGUUGCACGGUUAUGGCGAACGACCUAAAUCCCGACUCUUUCAAGGCCCUGGUUGGUAACUGUACUCUGAACAAGGUGACAAAGAACGUACAGUGCUUUAACAAAGAUGCAGUUGAUUUCAUUAAACAAGAAUUGCGCCAGGACCUGCUGAUAAGGUGUGCGGACGAGCGAUUCAAAGGAGAACUGCACAUCACGAUGAACCUCCCCGCAAUGGCAGUCGAGCAUUUAGAGCAUUUUCCAGGCCUAUUGAAAGGACAAACAUUUGCACUUAAAACGAAGCCACUGGUACACGUGUACUGUUUUGCGAAAGGGGUAGAUGACAAGAAAAUCAUUGCACAAAAGUUGGUCGAACAUUGGCUGGGAACAGAAGUGUCGGAAUCCUUAAAAGAGAUCGCCUUUGUGCGAAAUGUGGCACCAAAUAAGGACAUGAUGCGUGUUAGUUUUUAUCUGACGGAAGAUAUGCUGAGUGGCGCUUCGAACUCUGUGCGGAAACGAUUGAACAGUGCAACGGCGACGGACAUUGCAAAACGACAAUGUUUAGAACCGAGCAAAGAGGACGAUGGCGAAGAAGUGCAACAAACUGAAAGACCGGCCUAAGCAAAUGGCCAAAAAAGCAAAAAAUGUGUUCACCGUUUCCCAGCCCAAAAAGGGGAAUAUGAAGAAAACAAAAGAGGUUUCGGCCAAGCUGAAAAAUAUACGCGUACAAGAAAAGCGGGAGAAAGUGGACGCCAACUUCAAAACACUUCACGCACAGCUAGUAUCGAAAAAGGCUCCAAAACCAUCACCGAAACCUUUGCCCGUGAAAGAUAAAAGUGCACCGGACACCAACAGAAUGG